AUGUCCCAAAUCGCAUUCUCAAAAUUAAACCUCUCGAUAUGUCUCUUCUGCGUUUUCUCUGCCGUUCUCAUAAGAUCAGCGCCGAUUAAAGAUGUAGGAAUAAAUUCUGACCUCAAUGGUGAUGCUUACGUCAAACGUCGUGACGCUCCAACCAAACGAGAUGUUCCUCUAGGUUUAACUGAACGCGGGACUCCUCAAAAACAUUCUCUUUUCCCAUUUGUUACGGGCGGCACUCGUAAUAACAUGGAAUUAUGCAGUAGUUAUCAUACUGGUGGUCCGUUUGGAUCCAGUACCAAUGCCAACGCUGCUGUCAAUAGUGCAUUCG